AUGCCGUCGUCAUUGUUUUUUCUCCCACGACCCCCCGCCCGCAUUUUUUGCAAAAUAACUGUCAGCCCUGUCACUGCUCUGUUACAAUGCGGUUACAACGCUGUUACAACGCCCGUUACACUCUGCCCACGUGCUCCCCUACCAUUGCCAUCUAGACUCUCCCGUGCCAUACUGCACUCCAGUCUGAAACAACGCGUCAUCGACGUCAUCCCCAAAUCGCAUACAACAAUGCUCCUUCAGCUGCUAAUCUUUGUUGCCAUUGCCAAGCUCAGCAACUAA